AUGGCGACGGCGACGAGCACGGCAGGUGCGCCUGGCGCGCCCGAGCUGCAGCCCGCGACGCCCGCACAGAUGGCGGCGAUCCGGCGGCUGAUCCAAGUCCUUGCGCGCCUCUUUUACGACGACGGCCAUGUGAUCCUCAUCGACCAGCUCGUGAGCGUAGCCGUCAUCCCCAGCGAUGUGCUUGCGCGGCGUGUCGGUCUCCAAGCGCGCGAUCUUGGGUCGCUUGCGGCUAAGAUGGUCGAGGACCGCAUCCUCUCGAUCCACCGCACGCAGGAGACCAAGGAGGGCAUCGUAAGCCGCUCCUUCUCGCGGACGUACUACUACAUCGACUACAAGCAGGUGCUCGAUGUGACCAAGUGGCGCAUGAUGGCGAUGCGCCGCGAUAUUGAUACGCGCCUGCGCAAUGGUCUAGACAACAAGGGGUACGUGUGCCCCCGGUGCCACCGCUCCUACUCUACGCUGGAGGUCGCACACCUGCUCGACUUUUCGCGCAACGUCUUUGUGUGCGAGGUGCCCGGCUGUUUUACCGAACUCGUCGACAACGAGGACGCAGAGGACGUGCGCAAGUCCAAAGAUACCCUCACGCGCUUCAACGAGCAGCUGCAUGGCGUGCAGCAGGCGCUGCGCAGCGUUGAAGGCGUCGCGCUGCCGCCGAUGGACAUCCACGCCUGGCUCGCCAAGCACGCCGCGCAGCAGCCGUGGCAGGCAGAGACCGAGCGCGACGAUACGCGCCUCGUGCCCGGCGCCGCGCCCCCGCCCAAGCCCAAGGCGCCCCAGGUCACGAUCGAGCUCAGCGGGGCAGACCCCGGCGCAGACUUUGCCAAGCAGCAGCGGCGCGCGCGCGAGGAGGAGCAGCAGCGCCAGCAAAACACACUGCCCGCGUGGCACCUGGCCUCGACGGUGAGUGGCGAGCAGACGGGCCUUGGCAAGGUCCACGCCGAGCGCCGCGCCGCCGAUGCGCUCGUCGCCGAGACCAGCGCACAGCCCGAGGCACAAGAAGAAGUGGACGUCGAGUACUACACGCGCUACGCCUCGCAGCUCGACGAGUCCGCGAAGCGAGGCGCCGACGAAUCCGACGCACCCGAUGCAAAGCGCACACGCACCGAGGAGCCCGACGAGGAGGAGGAUCUCGAUAUGGACGAUGUCAUUUAG